GGAAUUUAGUAGUAAUAAAAAUAAUAAAGCAAAUUAAAGUGUGCAUAAAGAUAAGAUGAGAUGGUAGUGCUAUCUUCUUCUUCUCAUACCACGAUUCCACAUCCGACAUCUCAUAGCUUUUCUUUUUAGACAUGGCCAAAUCACUUUUCUUUUCCUUCUUAGUCGUCUCUCUUCUGCUUCUUCUUGCAGCGGCUUCGACAACUGCAGCUGCAGGGAACGCCACAAGUGGGUUGAGAUAUGGCGGAUGUGCUCUCAGAGACACCAUUGGAGAAUGCAUAACGGCGGAGAUUGAGGAGGAUGGAGUUGAGGAUGUGGUGCGGCGGAUUCUGCGACAACAGGGGAGGAACUUAGGCUACUCAGCUCUGCAGGGGCAGAAGGCAGCUUAUAAAUGUAAGAUUGCUGGUAGUUGCAUCGGAAAAGUUAAUCAGAAAAACGCAGCUUGCACUUACUUCACCAGAUGCAAACGUGCCACUAGCUAAUAUGUUGUGUUAUUUUCUCUCUUAAUUAUGUGUGUUUUGUGAUCUUCUAUUGUUUUUUAAAAACUUUUUUUAUGAAUCUAUGCAACAUCAAGAACGUCUGUCGGUUGAAUUAAAUGUCUAUCCAAUUUAAUGCAAAAACAUUACUUAUAAACUGAA